GAAGAACACGGGGUAGGCUUGACAUAAAUCAGAGUCGUAAUUUGCUUUAGGAGGGGAAGAGAAGAAAUCGAAAUCGUAGAGAAGUGUUUCUACAGCUACAAGAAACGUUCUGUCAACGUUGUGUCAUUUAUUUUUCAAAAGAAAAAGAGCUGAAAGCAGCAAUGGCGCCCUCUCUCCUCCAGGCCUAUAGUAGGCGCUGGUGGAUGGCUGUGACGGCGGUGUUGGAGAACCUGCUGUGUUCUGCCGUGCUGCUGGGAUGGGGCUCCCUCCUCCUCAUGCUGAAGGGCGAGGGCUUCUACUCACACCUCUGCUCAGAGAACGACACGAUGGCCCACUUGCUGGUGAUGGGCAACCUGACUUCCUGGGAGAGUGGUAUCUGGGUGAGCUGUGUGGACCAGGAGGAGAUGCUCAACCUGGGCUUCACCAUCGGCUCCUUCCUCCUCAGCGCUGCCACCCUGCCCCUGGGCAUCCUCAUGGACAAGUACGGCCCGCGCCCACUACGCCUUCUCGGCAGUUUUUGUUUUGGUCUCUCUUGUGCCAUGAUGUCAAUAUCAGCGUACGAUCCUCAUCGGCUCUCUGCUCUCAUCUUUCUGGCACUCUCCUUCAACGGCUUCGGAGGAAUCUGCUUGACCUUCACCUCCCUCACGAUACCCAACAUGUUUGGCAGUCGAACCUCCACCAUCAUGUCUCUGAUGAUUGGCUCCUACGCCUCUUCUGCCGUCACCUUCCCUGGAGUCAAGCUGAUCUAUGAUGCAGGCGUGUCGUUCCGGGUGAUAAUGUGGGUGUGGUCGGGUCUAGCAGGCGUCGUCUUCCUCAACUGUUUCUUCAACUGGCCAGGGGAGGCCUUGCCCACGCCGGACGAGGUCGACUACAUUAAGCAGUUAGCGUCGACUGAUGUGUCUGGAGACCAUAAGGGGGUGGGGGAGAGUUUGAGUCAGAAGAAUGGAGACCUGAAACACUCCACUGAGAAACUCCCAGCCAUAACACCGAACACCAUCCCAUUCCGUAGGUCCGUGUUCUCGCCCAUCUUCCUGUGGAGUUUGGUUACCAUGGGGAUGACCCAGCUCAGGAUCAUUUUCUUUAUGGGUGCCAUGAACAAGAUGCUGGAGUUCCUCGUCACCCACGGCAACCCUUACUCCUCUGUUUUGAUCGUCGAGGCAGAGGAGAAAGUGAGUUUCUACUCGUCCAUCUUCGGCUCCCUGCAGCUGCUGUGUCUGGUCACCUGUCCUCUGAUUGGCUACAUUAUGGACUGGAGGAUGAAGGACUGUGUGGACGAGACCAGAAAAGACACAGAGAAGAGACCAGCAGACGGGCUGACGAGAGACAAGAAGAUACAGAAAAUCACUAAUGCCAUGAGAGCUUUCAUCUUCACCAAUCUGCUACUGCUGGUGUUCGGAGUGUGCUGUCUGAUAGACAACCUGCAGCUCCAGAUCCUGACCUUCAUCCUCCACACCAUUGUCAGAGGGUUCAUCCACUCCUGUUGUGGAGGCCUGUAUGCUGCUGUAUACCCCUCUAACCACUUUGGAACUCUGAUUGGGCUGCAGUCGAUGAUCAGUGCUGUGAUCGCCCUGCUGCAGCAACCCCUCUUCAUCGUCAUGGUGGGAUCCCUGCACGGAGAUCCCUACUGGAUCAACCUGGGCAUGAUCCUCUUCUCAUUGGCUGGCUUCUUGUUGCCUGGAUACCUUUUCUACCAUCGCAGACACCUGAUCCAGGAGAAGGAGGCUCAGGACAAGAAUGCCACUGGCCAGGAGAGAGAGGCUCUCAACCACUCAGAGAUCAAUGGCCUCAAACACCAUAGCAAUGGUCACAGCAUCCAGUAAGCGUAGGAAGUGGUUCUGGAGCAAUGCUAAGGAUUUUGGGAACUGUAGGAUUAUUUGUAUCAAUGUUCAUAUUAGCCACCCAAUCACGAACCACAAUAUCAUCAAGUAAAUGUUAUUUUUUUGCAUUGUUAGCAUUAUUGCUGUUGUUGUUGCCUCAUGGCUUUAUUCAAUCUGUAUCGUGGAAGUUCAACGCUUAAGCCCAAAUGAAAUUUAAAGGCAAUGUUCCCACGUUGGAAAUGACCAUGACUUUACUAGCGCUUCAGCGAUGCAGAUUGAAUAGAGGCCUAAACCAUAGAACUUCCAACCAUGAUCCACUAACAUGUCAGGACUUGAAGUCAGAUACUAGUCAAUGGAGUUGCUUGAAUUGGAAUGUCUUGAUAAGUUAUCAGAAUUCUUUUGUUGUUGAUUUAUUUGCUGUGUGGCUAGUCCAAGACUUCUAUGGUACUUGAAGGACCCUUCAGGGGCAUGUUACUCCUUUAAUAUGUCUCAAUCCAUGUUGACAAAGAACACACGACACCAAAGAAUGAUAUUCAGAUAUGAAUUGUGCAGCUUCUACUGAAACAAAACGAUAGUGUUUCUGUUUCGGUUAAUCAAAUAUGCUGAGUGUCACAGACGAAGGAUGUAUCAAAAUGACAUGUAAGAAAAUGUGAAUAGCAUAGUUAAGGUUGUACUACGAGGCUUGGGUGAAAUCAGACACCUAGUCAGGAAGAAUGGUACAAUUUGUUAUACCAAAUAUUAUGCCAUUGCUUUUUGUAUUGCAAUCAUAUUUUUCUUAUCGCAUAAACUAACAUGCAUACAGACACACACAUGUGCUGGCUCUUACGCUCACUCUCUUUCACAGACAGACUGACUGUAGAGACACUAACUACCUCUUCUAUUCCCUAACCGUCUCUCUACAACCCAAGACCCAUGUGUGUGCCUGUGUGAGAGUGUACCGUGUGUGUAGAUUUGUCUUUUCAUUGGUCAUUAUCACUCAUUAGCCAUGUAAUAUGUAGAUGUUUUAUUUUUGGUAUGAUACUUUUAUUUUUCAAACAAUAUACAGACAAAAGACAACGUAGAUUCUAUGCCUAGAUUGUUUAAAGAUUGACGAAGUGGAGUCAAAUUGGUCAUUCUCCACUGUACUCGCAUUUCAAGAUUUUGUUUUAAAACAUGAAAACAGUGUGACACUUGACACCCAAAGCUGAGACUGAUUUUGAAAAGUAGACGGAUGCAAUGGUAAUAUAUCCAAUGUGUCAAAUACUUUUACAGCUUUGUGACCAGGAAUUAACGUGUGUGUAAAACUGUAUUUACUGUCUGUUUGUACCUUUUAUAUGCAGACAUGUUAAAAAGGGGAUUGUUAUUAUUACCCAAAGUUUUCAUUGUAAUGCCAUGGUUAUAACUGCUAUUCUGAUUAUGUAGGCUUUCUGUGUUCUCUACCCGGUUAGUGUAGAGUGUACAAAACAUUAAGAACACGUUCCAUGACGGUGUCCAGGUGAAAGCUGUGUCACCUGUUAAAUCCACUUCAGUCAGUGUAGAUGAAGGGGAGAAGUAAAAUAAGUAUUUGUGCCUUGAGACAAAGAUUGUGAAUGCGCAAGCAAAGAUAUAAGUGCCUUUGAACGGGGUAUGGUAAUAGGUGCCAGGCUCACUGGUUUGUGUCAAGAAGUGCAGCACUGCAGGGUUUCACGCUCAACAGUUUCCCGUGUGAAUCAAGAAUGGUCCACCACCCAAAGGACAUCCAACCAACUUGAUACAAUUGUGGGAAGCAUUGAAGUCAACAAUGGGCCAUUAUCCCUGUGGAAUGCUUGCGAAUUGAGCCUGUUCGGAGGGCAAAAGGGGGCCGUGCAACUCAUUCUAAGGAAGGUGUUCCUAAUGUUUUGUACACUCCAUGUAAGUAGAGCGAAGGUUUUUUUCCUCAUGCAAAUGUGUAAUGGUGUAAUGCUCCACAUAGAGAUGUGUAACAACACUGUCUAAUGUUGAAAGACAAGUUCUCAAUAUAAAUGGUCUUGAGGCUUUUGUAUUAUGCAUCUGUUAAUGUCAAUCAUUACCAUAGAGUGACAAAGGGGGGAUUGAAAUGUUUUUGUACCUGCCAUAGAAUUGAAUGUAUAACCACAGCGACAGACUGUACCAAACUUCACCUGGGAAACCAACGCCAUGUCGAGGGCUGCAAAGCCAUGUUUUUUUUUCUUUUUUAAGUGUACAGCACUUUUCCUCAGGGGCAUGUAGCUGAUAUAUAUCAUAACGAUGAAAUGUAUUGUAUCCCCUCCCCAUCACGCUCUUUCUAUAGCUUUGUUGUGUCAGAAGUGAUAUGCAAUUUUUUUCUGCCAUCUCUCAUCUGGGGACUAAGUCUCAUCAAAUAAACAAAUAUGUAGGAAACUGU